CCUAUGUAUAGUCCGAAAAUUUCAUCAUCAUUAACUUAGUGCACUCCAAAAUUUAAAUUUCCAGUCGGCUCUUGCAUACUUUUUACAUGGUUGGUUUCAGCAUUUGUUUCCAAAGAUCUGCUUGCAAAGAGUCCUUUUUGAGGACCAUAACACAUAUACGAGAGGCAGAAGAAGAAGGCGAUGUGCAUGAACAAGCAUUUCUGACAACUAGCUUUUGGGGGCGCUGAAUCUUUCAGAAACGAGUCCGGCAAACACACCGAGCAGACAGAAGCUGAAAUUAGUUGGUUCUUGGCGCAGCUACCGCCGUUGAGCACAAGACUCUGCGUUGAAGAUUGCGCACGAGGGGCAAAAAUAUUCCAACGAUUUUCAGAGGUUUAUCUUGUGCACGUCGUGCAGGCCUGUCCUGGCCAGCGUGCCCUACAUCGAUUUAGUGUGCCUGCCGAAUAUCAUUGCAGUGCCCUACUGGAAGCAGUCAGGAAAUUAUGGGACGCGUUGCAAUUCAGAUGAGCUAUGCGAUAACGGCGUUAUCCGUGCUGUUUGCUGGUGUAUCCCUGUUGUUGCCCUGGGGUGCCCAGAAAGUUGGCAGCAUUGCUGGGGGUACGCAAACAUUUAUGUGAUAGUAUUGCUUGUUUGCAACAUUGAUGAAUUCAACUUGUUUGGAAAUUUUCUUCGUCUUCCAUUUCUAUCUUUUAUUGAGAUUAACAACUACAACCAUGACUUCUGCCACUUGUUGUUCAACAAUGACAGGUGUGGAGAGUGCGACCUUUUACUUGGGAGCGAUUUACGUCCAGAGCACUUUCUCUUUUGCCAAGUCCUCCCGCGAGUAUCUUGCAGCUAUCGGAUAUACGGCAGUAAAGUGCCCAGAAUCGGUCGCUACUACAUAUAAGACAGACGAGGGCCACGAGUACGAAUUCACAAGCUGUUACAAGGUAAAGCUGCUUGAUAAGUAACAAGUAAGUGGCAUUGAUCAAUAACAAGUAAAGCUGAUUGAUAAGUAACAAGUAAAUGGCAUUGAUAAGUAACAAGUAAAGCUGAUUGAUAAGAUUUACUGAAUGCUAAACUCUCAGUCUCACGCUUUUUUGCAACAGAUUUGAAUUCUUGCUAGAACAUGUUGUUCUAAACAAGAUACGGUUUAUUUACCUCGGGCCCGCUGCAUCAAGAAUGGCGAAAACUCUUCAUUCAGAUUCCAACUUGGAAAGCUAACCUGCACGCUAGCGCAACGAGGCAAUUAGCCGCCGUCGAUGUUACAGGGGGCUUGAUUGGAGGCAUCAUCUCGGGUGAGCUUCACAUGGCUGCGGUGAUGUAUGGUGGGGUCUUGACGGCUCUCCUCGUGCUCGGUGGCGCCUCGAUACAAGUGCUCAUGUGCAUGUUUCUCUCGUACUAUGCGAAUUACCGGGCGUCCUCAAGAACACGAAAAAUUGCAGAUCUAAUGGCCGUACUAUUCUUCUUGACCACGAUUAUUCCCCACUUAGCUUUUGAUGUUCGUCUGUGAGACCUGUUGGUUCCUCUUAGGAGUACUCGAAAUAUUUCUUGCAGGAUCGUGUAUCCUGAUGUCAUCUAUUGGAUGAUUAUCAAAUAAUGAAAAAAUGGUCAAGAAGAUUGACAUCAGCGUCGUGACAAUAAUCGUUCUCCUUCCACCAAUCUUCAACAGAAAGGGUCGCUGUGCAUGUUUGCUGGCGCAGUUUUAGUGUACUUCGUGGCGCUGCAGAUGAUGAGUGUGAAGAGGAGCAUCUUCAUGGCCGAGUCGAACGCGGUACCGAUCUAUUUUUCACAUGUUCGAUUUACACGACGUAUCGGUAUCCGUCGUUGCUUAGGGAAAUAGCAUUUGGCUGCGAAGGACUGCACUCAUUAUUACUGACCUAUUCGACUUGAUUCCCUGUAUUUUUCACGAAUUAAACCUUAGUUUGGCGUAAAUUAUAUUGAAACCCAAAGAAUUACGCGGCGAAUAAAUCCAAUCAAACUACUCCUGAUCAACACUCUUCUUCACUGCGAUGAUCCUUUCAUACACUUCCACAGAUUCCCGUCUAUGGGUUUCUGGGUGGCAUCAUAUGCACCGGCAUGUCCUUUGGCUUGGUACUAGCUGCUCGCUACUGGAAGAGUAGCACCUCCGAAUUUCUCGUUGCGAAGGACCGCAUGCGAAAAGAGCGUGACCUAAUGAUGGAUACCGAGAGUGAAUACGACGAUUGGUAAUCGACGAGCCCUUUAUUGUUAUUCUCCAUCUAUACGCGUCUGUGUAGUUGCAGAAGGAAUAAUAUCACAGUCGGAUGUAUUGAGGAGAAUAAUGUAAGGGAGUAAGACUACGAUUGCAGGAAUUCACAAACGGCAUAGAAACCGUUAGAAGAAGAAAUACAUUUUUCAUGAAGUCGAUUAAGAGCUUCACAUAUUGCACAUGAUCAUGCAUUUCAUGCAUAGCAACGACGGUGGAGGAAGAACACGACGAUCCAAGAUUCUUAAGCAUACACCGCUAGGACGAAAAGACAGGCAUGAUGGCGUUUCGCCGACGCCGACUAGAGCGUUUGUACAGAAGCAAUCACGUACUUAGUCGAACAGAACGAAUAUUCGUAGUUGUAGUCCCACUUACCACGGUCUGAGCGUGGCAUCAAUAAGCUAGUAACCCUAGUUCAAACCAAAGACUAUAGUAGCCCUAUUUGACAUAAUCCGGAUUUUGACACACACGAAUUUUCACAGUUUAACGCAAUCCCACAUGCAUUAGUAACUCACUCCAAUUGUUCCACAAUCCUGCACCGUAUUUCUCAUACAUUACAGAGCUUUUAAUAUAGUUGUUGCCGCAUCACAUCAAAGUUAUCUUUUGACAUAUUUCCUUAGCCGACCUACAGCAAUAAAGAUAAACAAAGCAUAUCCCACGCUCGAAUAUUCAUGAUGAGACUCCCAACAUUCACCUAUCCCAGUGGCUCUCUUCGUUGCAGAAACAAAUGAAAUGACACCCACCUUCCUCCCUCUCCCUCUUCCCUUUACCACCCUCCAGGUCAUUGAAGAGCCUUCAGUUAUAAUUCUGCCGCGUCCUCCACGAAGAAGG